AUGUCACUUCUUCAUGAACAAAAUUUGAGCUUCUUUAUUAAUGGAUUUGUAGCUUAUGCGACUUUAAGACCUCACGCUGAAAAAACGAUGAUAACAAUAACCGGUGACAUCAUAGAGAGCAUUAUAGAGAGUUAUCUAAAUGCUUUUACAGUUUGUAAGUCUUUAAAAGAUUAUUCUGUAAUGCAAGUAAAUGUACAUGACAUAAAAAGAUUGUUUGGGAAACAUGAGCCUGCUGGUUGUUACAUGAUAAAUCCCCAGGAAAAUUUGAAUUCAUUAGACAAAAAGCAUGUUUUUAUGUCAUAA